CCAACCGGCCCAACCCUCUCAUUUCGCACGCCUCCGGCAAUCGUCGCCUAGGGUUUAGGCUUCCGGCCGCCGCAGCCUCCACACAACGAGCGAAAGGAGAUCGCCGGAACGGAGCCCAGAGAUGAACGGGAGCGCGUUCAACGCGUUCAAGUCGCGAGUGCCGAUAGCGUGGAGCCCGCGGCUGUACAUCACGCUGGUGCGGGGGCUCCCCGGGACGCGGCGCCUCCACCGCCGCACGCUCGAGGCCAUGCGCCUCCGCCGCUGCCACCGCACCGUCGAGCACCGUACCACGCCAUCGCUUCUCGGAAUGCUAACCCAGGUCAAGCGCCUCGUCGUCGUCGAGACCGAGGAGAUGUAUAACGCGCGGAGGCAGGCAGAGGAGGAGCGACGCGCGCCCAGGCCGCCGCUUUUCAUCUCCCACCAGCAGCCGACGCCAACUCCGAACCCGGCAGCAGCCACGCCAGAGGGUUCCGCUGCCACUGCGCCGUAGUCUCUGGGCAUCAGAAGCCUUUCAUGACAGUUCAGCGACAUAAUAAUUAAUUUAUCUUUUGACUCCAGAAGAUAUCACUGGAUCCUCGCGCUCAACAAGCUCUGCCGACCCAUACUCUAUGCAACAUUGUAGUAUGGUCCAACCUACUGUUCCUUGGUCCUAUAUUUAGAUGUGUUUAUGGACUGAUGGCAUUGGUGUUUCAGUGCCUGUGGUUAAUCUAGCUCAGUGUCGUUUCAAUUACACAAAUUCCUGAAAAUGCUCUUUAAGAUGUGUCAUAUUGGUUUCUUGCCUAAUUUGGCCUGAGGGAUGUAUCUCAGAUUUUAAAUUUAUUGUAUUCUGAUUGUUCCAACAUUAGCAAAAGGGUUGCUUGCUUCGGUUAUAUUGCCA